GCUACAUCUCAUCAAGGAAGCGACAAUCCUGCCAGUAUAAAUACGGUGUCAGACCGCCUUCUUUUUUUCAUUAUAACAAACCAACACUUCCAGCUUCUACAGCACUCUCAUUCAAAACACCUCUCCCCCACACGUCCAUCCCCUCUUACCUACUCACCCUCACCCACCCACCUUACCGAAAAUGAAGUUCAUCCAAUUUAUCCCCGCUGCCUUGGCCCUCUCCUUCUUCUGCGCCUCCACUCAGGCUCUCCCUACUAUCCAGCACCAGGAAAAGGCUGUUGACAUCCUCAAGCGAGGCAACAGCAACGCUGUCGAUGCGGUCAUCAAGGUCUUUGUCGAUGCCGAAGCCAAGAUCCUGGCCAAGGCCUGCGUCGACCUCGAGGUUGCCGUCUGCGCCGAUCUCAUUGUCAAGGUCAACGCCAAUGCCAACGUCCUCGGCGGUCUCGUCAAGGUCAACGCCAACGUCAAGGAUCUCGAGGUCCGCGCCAAGGCUGCCGCCGAUGCUGAGAUCAAGGCCAUGAUCAAGGCCGAUGCCAAGGCACUUGUGCUUGCCAAUAUUGAUGCCCAUGUCCGCGCUGUCGUUGAUAAGAUCUGCCCCGUUUGCGACCACGUCUGCCUGAACAAGAACGCCCGCACUAUUGUCGCCAAGGUUGAUGCUCUGAUCAAGGUCGAUGUCGCUAAGUUGGCUGUCAAGGUCAAGGCCGACGCCGCAGUCCAUGCCAAGGUCCGCGUCAGCGCUUUCAUCAAGGACCUGUCUCUCCGCCUUGGUGUUGCUAAUGCUGACAUCCAUGCCAUCGUCCGCAUCCGCUCCGAUAUCGAUAUCCACGUCAAGGCUUUUAUCGAGCUCUGCGCCAAGCUCUUCGUCAAGGCCGGGUUGGUCGCCAAGGUCGCUGCUCUGUAAAGAGUUGGCAACGCUUUCUUGGACAGACUACAACACGCGUCCUCGACGACAGUUGGUGCUUUACGCAAUAUCGCGGCCUGUAGUUGUAGCCGCCGUUCAAUGCAAGAUACUUAAUGAUAUAGAAAACUAAUAAACCGUAGAUCUGCCC